AUGGAAGGACUCACCCUGUCUAUCUUUUCUGUGCUUCUGGUGGAUUUGUGCUCUGUGGUUGGAGCGGAAAAUAUCCCUGGGAACCGUGAGGCUUUCUUCCACAGAAGUAGUGGAGGUCACAGGGACCAUGUUCAUCACUCCAGCAGGUUCCCACUCUACAUGAUGCAGCUCUACCGGACUCUGCUGGAGGGAGACACAUCCAGGGCGCCGCCAUCUGUCAGCGCCGCCCCGGCCAAGAGUGAGGACAUCUCCCGUCUUCACGAUUCUGACUCUGUACUCAGUCUGGUAGCCAAAAGUUGUCACCAGAGCGGUGGGAGGUGGUCUGUCACCUUUGAUGCGUCCUCCAUCUCUGCAAGUGACAACAUCAAGCGCUCUGAGCUGCGGAUCCGCCUGCCUACCUUCUCUGCCUCUGAGCAUGUUACUGUGGACUUGUACCACUCCCAGAGUGGCCGCUGCUCCAGCCCGCCAUGCCCAGAGAGCCUCUUCCUGGGAUGCCUGAGGGCAGAACCCAGCUCCCUGACCGCCACAUCCAACUGGAGGGUGUUCAACGUCACCACCCUGUUCCGCUACUACUGGCUGCACCAGGGAGGCUCCGCACCUGGCCAUGAAGAGGGAAGGGCAGAGAGAGAGAAGGGUCUGGAGAGCGUCCUGCACCCCACAGCCGACCGGGUCAUGAUGGUGGUCUUCUCCAAGCACCAGACAAAGAAGAGGGCCCCCACCCUCAUCCGCACCGCUGAACAUUCCAAGUACGUCACUCUGGACCGGGAGCGAGCUGGAGCUGGCCCUGCUGUCAGCGUAGAGGGAGGAAAGGGAGCCCGGCGCAGGAAGAGGCACGGGCUUCACCAGAGAGCAGGAGUGGCUGGGGUGGCCCCUGGCGUGCCCCACACCGAGGAGAGGAAGGGCCCGCUGUGCAAGAAGGUAGACAUGUGGGUGGACUUUGACCAGAUAGGCUGGAGUGAGUGGAUUCUUUACCCCAAGCGCUAUAACGCCUACCGCUGUGAGGGCAGCUGCCCUACCCCAGUGGACGAGACCUUCACCCCCACCAACCAUGCUUACAUGCAGAGUCUACUGAAGCUUCACCGCUCAGACCGGGUCCCGUGCCCAUCCUGUGUGCCCACCCACCUGGCCCCUCUGUCCAUGUUGUAUUACGAAAACAGCGAGGUGCUGAUGCAGCACUUUGAGGGCAUGGUGGUGGACGAGUGUGGCUGCCACUGA